CCAUGGAGGGGGUAGGCAGUUCUUUCUUCCAGUAUGGUUACAGUUCAAUGGCUUCGAUAUAAUCCCAGUGCAACCAAAACGAACAAUCUGUCGUUUGAUCGUACAUUAUCCCUGCCAAGUUUGCGUGGAGGACACAUGGCUUAUAUGUGUGCUCACGAGGAAGCGUGAGACUCGAGGCAAUUGAGAAUUACGAACAUGGAGAAACAGAUAAAAUCGUUACUAGAACAAAGCGGCAAUUCGCAGCUACUAGGAUUAUUAGUCGCUGUUUUUGCUAUUAUCAUAACGUUAGUCUUAUUCGUGGUUUGGCGCAGAAGAAAGUCUGCAGGCCAGGGUAUCCUUCUGACAGGUCUCAGCGAUACUGGGAAAACGCUAAUCUAUGCGAGAUUAAUGUGUUCUGAAUUUGUGAGGACAUACACAUCCGUUAAGGAAAAUACAGGGGAUAUCGCAGUCAAUAAUAGCUCUUUGAGAAUAGUGGAUAUUCCCGGGGAUGAACGGCUGCGCGGCAAGUAUUUCGACAAAUACAAGUCAUCCGCCAAAGGAUUGGUUUACGUGAUUGACUCGGUGACUAUUCAAAAGGAAAUUAGAGAUGUGGCAGAAUACCUGUACAAUUUAUUGUCGGAUCCUUGUAUACAGAAGAACAUCCCGGUUCUUAUAUUGUGUAACAAACAGGAUCAAGUCAUGGCCAAAGGAUGUGCGGUGAUAAAGACGCUAUUAGAGAAAGAGAUGAAUCUGUUACGAAUGACAAAGACUAGCCAGCUGGAGACCACUGAUGCAUUAUCGGUCAAUGUCUUUCUUGGGAGGCAAGGCAAAGAUUUCGAAUUUUCGCAUCUGGACUCACAGAUUGACUUUGCAAAUUCCUACGCUUUCAACAAGGAUCCUCAAACAGCAGCGGAUAUCGAAGAACUAAACAAAUGGCUACAAAAAGUUGCAUAAUUAAUGUACACCCGCUGUCUUCUUGAAUAUAAAUUAUUUGUAUUUUUCA